CUUGUGAUCUUCUCUUUUCUCUUACAGUCCAAACACCCCAAGCAUCAUGGGCUCCGUGGCUGAAUCAGAGAGAACUCUGUACCCUUAUGUAACUGGAUCAUCAGUUGUUGCCAUCAAAUACAAAGAUGGGAUUCUUAUGGCUGCUGAUAUGGGAGGUUCCUAUGGGUCUACCCUGCGAUACAAGAGCAUUGAACGUUUGAAGCCUGUUGGAAAACAUACUCUUCUUGGUGCCAGUGGGGAAAUCAGUGAUUUUCAGGAGAUUCUUCGCUACCUUGAUGAACUUAUCCUGUAUGACAACAUGUGGGACGAUGGGAAUUCCUUGGGUCCUAAGGAGGUGCACAAUUACUUGACUCGUGUGAUGUAUAAUAGGCGUAACAAAUUUAAUCCACUGUGGAACUCGCUUGUACUUGGUGGUAUUAAAAACGGGCAGAAGUAUCUUGGCAUGGUUACCAUGAUUGGUGUUAAUUUCGAAGAUAACCAUGUAGCAACAGGGCUUGGAAAUCAUUUGGCUAGGCCAAUUCUUCGUGAUGAAUGGAAUGAAAAUUUGACCUUUGAAGAAGGUGUUAAAUUACUGGAAAAAUGCAUGCGUGUGCUCUUGUAUCGAGAUAGGUCUGCUGUCAACAAGAUUCAGAUAGCUAAAAUAACGGAGGAAGGCUGUACUGUUUUCCCACCGUUCUCUCUGAAAACUUACUGGGACUUCUCGGCAUUCAAGGACCCGUCGGCUGGUGCUCCAGGUUCAUGGUAGUUGGUUGUCAUCUUAAUUGCUUCAUAUUGAACUUUCCAACAAGUAUUGUGUUACAUUAAAUAGAUAUGAAAUCACCGAUCUGGAAUAUAAUUGGAUUGAUGUGUUUGUGCUUUUUCUUGAAAUGAUAUGGAUGUUGAUUUGAUCUUGAAA